AGCUGGCCCCAUAUCCACCUCUGGCUGCAGCUGGGCUCUGGAUCUCCCCCUUUGUUUCUCCUGCUAAAGUUUUCCUCCCUGCAGCCUGUUUGCUAGAGUGCAGGGAUUCUCUCCUCCUCCUCCUCCUCCUUUUCCUCAGCAGGAGGUGGGCAGGUCUGACUACAUUAAAUAUACAAACACGCUGUGCUCACUCUCUGCUCCAGAGGCAUCAUCGGUGGCCCGUCAGCAGCAAAAUCCGAGCAAAGGCUGCCCCAAGGGCUGGGGGAAGGCGGAAAGCAGCAACAGCAAAUAAACCAGCAGCCAAAGCGCCCCGUAGGAAAGGGGAGAGGAGCAGCAGGGAGCCCAGGGAGGCUGGGCAGCCCAGGCUCUUACAGGAGCUCUCUGCAGCCAUUGCACAUCACUUGUGGGUAUCCGAGCAGCAGCGUCCCAGGAAAGAGCAUCCUUCGAGGAGGAAGAGCUGGAAAUCACUCAGAAGAGAGAAGAGAAUAAAAACAGAGCACCAGCUGUUAUCCCUUCCCAGACGGAGAGAGAGCGAAAGGAGUUUAGGGGAAUGAACCUGGAGGAUCCGGAGACUCAGAGUGGAAAAGUUGCCCUGACGGGAGACUCUGCACACUAAAGCUCUGCUCCACGAUGGGAUUUCUCGUGCCUAAGGGAAACCUCCUCCUCCUGCUGUGUGCCAGCAUUUUCCCCGCCUUUGGCCAUGUGGAGACCCGAGCCCACGCAGAGGAGCGACUCCUGAAGAAACUCUUCUCUGGUUAUAACAAGUGGUCCCGUCCUGUUGCCAACAUCUCGGACGUGGUCCUUGUCCGCUUCGGCCUGUCCAUCGCCCAGCUCAUCGAUGUGGAUGAGAAAAAUCAAAUGAUGACCACGAAUGUGUGGGUGAAGCAGGAGUGGCAUGACUACAAGCUGCGCUGGGACCCCCAGGAAUACGAAAAUGUCACAUCCAUCCGAAUCCCCUCGGAGCUCAUCUGGAGGCCAGACAUUGUCCUUUACAACAAUGCUGAUGGUGACUUUGCAGUCACCCACCUGACCAAGGCUCACCUCUUCUACGACGGGAGAAUUAAGUGGAUGCCCCCUGCUAUCUAUAAAAGCUCCUGCAGCAUCGAUGUCACCUUCUUUCCCUUUGACCAGCAAAACUGCACGAUGAAGUUUGGCUCCUGGACCUACGACAAAGCCAAGAUAGACUUGGUGAGCAUGCACAGCCACGUGGACCAGCUAGACUACUGGGAGAGUGGGGAGUGGGUCAUCAUCAAUGCUGUGGGCAAUUACAACAGCAAGAAAUAUGAGUGCUGCACAGAGAUCUACCCCGAUAUAACUUAUUCCUUCAUUAUCCGGAGGCUGCCGCUGUUCUACACCAUCAACCUGAUCAUCCCCUGCCUGCUGAUCUCCUGCCUGACCGUCCUGGUCUUCUACCUGCCCUCUGAGUGUGGAGAGAAGAUAACCCUGUGCAUCUCCGUGCUGCUGUCCCUCACUGUGUUCCUGCUGCUCAUCACGGAGAUCAUCCCAUCCACCUCCUUGGUCAUCCCUCUGAUUGGGGAGUACCUCCUCUUCACCAUGAUAUUUGUUACCUUGUCUAUCAUCAUCACUGUCUUUGUGCUCAACGUGCACCACCGCUCCCCCCGUACCCACACGAUGCCAGACUGGGUGAGGAGGGUCUUCCUUGAUGUAGUCCCACGGAUCCUUUUCAUGAAACGUCCCUCCACAGUGAAGGACAAUUGCAAGAAGCUCAUUGAGUCCAUGCACAAAAUAACCAACGCGCCAAGGCUUUGGUCCGAGAUUGACGUGGAACCCAACUUCACUACCUCAUCGUCCCCCAGCCCCCAGAGCAAUGAGCCAUCACCCACCUCUUCCUUCUGUGCCCACUUUGAGGAGCCAGCCAAGCCUCAGCCCAUCUGCAGGUCCCCCUCUGGGCAGUACUCUGUGCUGCACCCAGAGCCCGUACAGGUGACCUGCUCCUCUCCACAGCCCUCCUGCCACCCCCCGAGAGACACCCAGGCCACCUCUGCCUUGAAAGGCAGGUCACUGAGUGUCCAGCAGAUGUACAGCCCCAACAAGGCAGAGGAGGGGACAAUCCGCUGCAGGUCCCGGAGCAUCCAGUACUGCUACCUGCAGGAGGACUCUUCCCAGACCAAUGGCCACUCCAGUGGCUCUCCGGCAUCCCAGCGGUGCCACCUCAAUGGGGAGCAGCCCCAGCACAAGCCCCCUCAGUGCAAGUGUAAGUGCAAAAAGGGCGAGGCAGCCGGCACAGCAGCCCAGGGGAGCAAGAGCCACAGCGCCAAAGAGCAACACCUCGUGCUGAUGUCCCCAGCCCUGAAGCUGGCAGUGGAAGGGGUUCACUACAUCGCAGACCACCUGCGGGCGGAGGAUGCGGAUUUCUCAGUGAAGGAGGACUGGAAGUACGUUGCAAUGGUCAUCGACAGGAUUUUCCUCUGGAUGUUCAUCAUUGUGUGUUUGCUGGGAACUGUUGGGCUCUUUCUCCCACCGUGGCUGGCAGGAAUGAUCUAAAUACAGCACCAAAGGGAAGAAAGUAUUGUCCCACUAUCCCACUCUAUGGAUUUUAGUUCACCUGGAAGGAGAGAACAGAGAAGUGGAGGCAGCCCUUUGAAUAAUUCACUGCUCGUCCACACUUGAGCUGCUCCUGAACUCUAGGGGAAUCCUUUCCAAGGUUGCAUUGUUUUGCCAAGCCAUUUUCAUCUCCUCCAUCUAAUUUAGGGGAAAAGUUCUUAUCAAAGUCUGUACAUAGCAUGGUGGCAUUCAUUGGCAUAUACCCAGCAGUGUAAGAACACAAGCUUAUCUGUAAAGCAGCACAGAAGGGGCUCUGCAUCCACAAACCAGCCCCUGGCAAUAGCUCCAGUCAUCCUCAGCAGUCUCACUGUGCCCUGCCCAGUGAUUUUGCCCUGUCAGGCUGAAGUCUUUCAGGACUGUGUGUCCCUGUAUGAGUCAUUUUAUAAAUAAAGUUCCAGAUUUGGGA